CCGCGAAAUUCCUCUUCCAAGUGUGAGACUCAACAGCACACUGAUGACUGUUGCAGCACAACUACGACUGAAGCUUCCACGCAACUCACAUUGAUGACUGUUGCAGCGCAACUACGACUGAAGCUUCCACGCAACUGUACGUUCUCUGGUCUACUCAAUAGACUGUAUAGUUUGAGUUUCACACGUUCGCUGCUUUUGAUGAUGCGCAAUACCGAAUUGCUGAAACUGCAUCAGGAACAGGAAAGCUGUCCGCUUUUCCGAUGUGUAGCAGCACAGCUGACCUUUACACUUAAACCUGAAUAUGUGUCGAUUCUCGCUAAAGAGCUAAAUGCCACUGGAAAAGAAUUAGAUUUUCGUCAACAGGAAGCAAAAACACUUGACACCAUUAACACUGAUGUGUCCAAAGCCACUAAUGGACUAAUUGAUAAACUUCUGGAGCAGACCAGCAAUGAAACAGUUUUGAUUCUGGUGAAUGCCAUUUAUUUCAAAGGAUUAUGGAAAAAACCAUUUUGCAAAUACGAAACUUACGAAGAGGGAUUAUUUAAUACAUCAUCAGGAGCUUGCAUCAAAACACCGCUGAUGUUCAUGAGAAGGAGAAUGCCUUACGUUUUUGACAACGAAACUGGCACUAAAGCUGUACAAUUGAACUACCAGAAGGAAGGCAACAUUUCCAUGGUAAUCAUUUUGCCUGGAGAAGGUGUGCAAAUAAAAAAAUUCCUUGAAAACGAACUCACCUCAAGCAAACUGUAUGACAUUUUGAAUCUUUUUUCUGUGCAGCCGAAAGUCAAUCUAACCUUGCCUCGAUUUAAACUGUCCGCCACCCAUCAACUGAUUGAGCCACUUAGCAAACUGGGCGUCACUGAUGUCUUUGACUCUUCGAAAGCAAAUCUAAGUCAUAUUUCAUCUUCUGGUCCUCUUUUUGUCACUGAGGUAGUACAAAAGGCAGUCAUUGCCGUCGAUGAAGAGGGAACAGAAACGGCUGCUGCCACUGCUUUGUUAAUAGAGUACAGCUUGGGAGCGCCUUCCAGAAAAGAAGAAGUCUAUUUUACAGCUGACCGUCCCUUUAUCUUUGCACUGGUCACACAGGACACCCCCAAACAAGUGCUCUUCAUUGGCGUCGUCGAGGACCCGUAA